CGUGUGCAUGCUGCUCUCUUGGAGAGGUCGGCCUGUGCACUUGCUUACGACCUGUUCAGGAGCCGCUUGCUUGGCAUGCUCAUUCCUCUCGCCCUAGAGUCAGUAGCUAAAAACGCCUUUCGCUUUACUACUUUCACUAUAUGGUCUCUUUUAGUUUAGCCGUAUCUAAUUGGCGUUAGGCUUGGCUUUUGGGUCGUAUUCAACCUGGCGUAACCUGGUGUCGAAGUUCGCUCUCCUAGACCAACUUCUUGCAUUCAAUAGCAUCGCAGCUAAAGCACGCUACCCAUGCAUUCUUCGGGUGGCGCAUCGCCGGGGUCUUCAACCUCUGGUCGGGCCAUCCUAUUAGCGUUGGACCUAACGGACGCGAGCGUGAACGCAGCCCAAUGGGCGAUGCAUGAGUUCUACCGCAAGGGUGACACGUUCCACUUGGUACAUGUGGCUCGUAUUCUAGCUCCGCAGCUUACUAUUCACCAUCAGUACCAUGCCACCUACAACGUGCCUGACCCUCGGCCGCCCAUGGACGAGCGCGCCUUUGUAGAGCGGCUAAAGGAGGACAUCCGGGAAAAAUUCACUCGGCCCAUGGACGGGUACGGCAUGCCGCACAACCUGCACCUGUUCCUGGACACCGACAACGCGCCCGCGUCAGCCGUGUGCACCACCGUCUUCAAGGUGGCUGAGCAGGUGGAUGCGGCGGUGGUGGUGCUGGCAGCGCAUGGCAGGGGCCAGGAGGGCGGCCACGACCCCUGGGGCGCCUACCUGGGCUCGGUGGCCGACUACGCCACCCGCAACAGCAAGCGCCCGGUGCUGGUGGUGCGGAACUACACACCGCCGCUGGUGCUGCACGUCAGCAGGUCGCGAGG